AUGCCAAGGCUAGAGCAAUCUUCUUCCCUCGCUCUUAGCCUUUCGUCGCAGGAGGACGCUAUAGUCGCGCUCUUGGCCGACACGUGUCGAUGGAUUGAGCAGAACCAACCGCAAAUAGAACCUGCAGCUGGGGUCGAGCCUGUGCACAUCGAAUAUCACGAAGGAUGGAAGUGCGAGGCGAGAAUAGCUGGAGGUUGGGUCAGGGAUAAGGUGAGCCAUGCAAUUGCGAUGAUCCCACAUCGUGCGAUCAUCUGGAAGCGAUAAGGAGCUGAAGUGAUUCGUGAAUGCUCUGGGCUUCAGCUUAUAUCACAGCCUUCCUCGGAUCUGGACGUCUCGCUGUCCAGCUUGACUGGUCACACCUACGCCCUGCUGCUAUCGCAGUACCUUCAAUCAGCCGACUUCGCCUCUUCGCAGCUGGCGCAGCAUCCCGUCUUCAAUGUUGCUGCUGGAGGUUCAUCAAAGCAGCCUUGGCUCGGGUCUAUCACUCGCAUAGAGGCGAAUCCUGAGCAGAGCAAGAAUUUGGAGACGGCUACUGCUGUGCUCGCAGGUCUUAGUUUGGACUUUGUAAACCUCAGAAAGGAAGUGUAUGAUGGCGAGACUCGCAUACCAACAAUGGUGAGUGCUAACGUGACCUGGGUGAAUGAUCACUUGCCUCGCGGAGCUUACGCUUCGAUGUCUUCGUGCCCUUCACGCGCUUCGUAGACCUUCGGAACGCCCCUCGAAGACGCCACUCGCCGAGAUACCACGAUCAACUCGCUUUUCUACAAUGUCCACACCAGAAAAGUGGAAGACUUGACAGGCAUGGGCAUCACAGACUUGCAAGAGGGAAUCAUCCGCACCCCGCUAGAAGCUCUUCAGACCUUCACGGACGACCCAUUGCGCAUUUUACGCUGCGUGAGGUUUGCGGCCCGGUUGGGAUAUCGAUUGGAUGACGGUAUCUGGGAUUGCUUGGAGAGCGCGCAAGGGGAGGGUGUUAGAGCGGCUUUGAGGGACAAAAUUAGCAGGGAGAGAGUGGGAAUAGAGGUGGAUAAGAUGCUAGCAGGUGAGCGACGAACGACGCUGGCGCCAUGCGAUUUUCACUAAACGUGCCGGUACUUUGACUUUCUCGUGCAGGUGCCGAUCCUCACCGCGCCAUCCACCUGCUGCACGCCCUUGGUCUGUACCCACUCGUCUUCCUUUCGCCCCUGUCUGAACCCCUAAAGCAGCUUCCACUGGGCUCUACGACGGUCAAUUCAGACGCGCUUGGUGGCGAAGCGACCGUACAGCCUGCUCAGACAGCAUUACUAGCCUCCUGCAUACUCGAUCGCAUGUACCGAAGCGUCUUGCCAGAGGCUCUGCCGACUCUUCAUUUCAAGGACCGAAGGCCAGUCCAAGACCACCCGCGGCUUGAAUUGUUUUUUGAUUCUGAUCUCUUUCGUGAACAAGCACAAGGGCUUUUGGCUGCGUUGAAAGACAAGGAGCAGCGGAGGCGGAUGUUCCUGGCUGCUGCCCUUCUUCCUCUCCGACACGCCGCCGCGCAUGAACGGCUAGAAAAAUGGUGUUGGGCUGGAGAGCAUGUGAUCCACCACGGGCUCAAGGUGAGUAUUCUUUUGGGGAAGAAGAAUCGCUGUUGAGCUGCACCUGACAUUCCGCUAUUCUCUUUGGCUGCUAUCGAACGAAGCUGGGCAAGACUUCGACGCGCGAGCCACUAGCUGCUUUGUACCGAGCUGCGGAUAUCCUGGAGCAGCCAGAGCUUGACAAGCUAGCUGUGGAUCAUCCACAUUCUUUCGUUCGAUGGAUACCUCACUUUUCAUCACGAGGAGUAGCGCAGCUAGAGGACAAAGCCAUAGCAGGUGAGUGUGCUCUCUGCAUGUAUCUUCGGGAUCAGCCGAAGUACUGACCUUCCUCGCCAAAUUCAAGGGCUUCUGCUGAAUCGCCAGCCGGCGAUCACGGACUCCCGUUUAGGAGUCAAUCUGUCAUCAUCGCUUUUGAUCAGCAUGGUCUUUGAUCUUGCGCAGCGAGGGUACUCUGCGCUAUCCGACGCGAGUGAUGUUGCAGUCGGCUUGAAGGACUCCGACACUUUAGCACCGUCACCCUCUAGAGACCUUCAUCGCGCUGUGGCUCAGUACGUGACUUUCUGGCACUUAUUUGUCGACCUGUGGCAACUACUUCCACGCGCAGAGGAGCGUCCACGCCUCGACGUGAGUGUGUGGCUAUUGUCUCGUGACGUCAUUUCUCGUAAAUGCGCUGACAGUCACGUCAAAUACCCGCCUGGAUCGUCUCCAGGGAGUUCAGAUCAAAGAAGCAAUAGGCGUUGCUCCAGCAAUUCUCACGGGUCGUAUUCAGUCCGCCAUACUCUCGUGGCAAUUUCUUAGGGAGGCUCCGCCAGCCGUAUCGGAUCCAUCCUACCCAUCAUGGUUGGCAAAAGAGCAGGAAGAAUGCUCCAAAUGGUUGA